AUGGCUAGCAUACACAAUGUGACAGAAUUUAUCUUCUUGGGACUUUCUCCCAAUCGGAAGGUGCAGAAAGUCUGCUUUGUGAUAUUUCUGCUCCUGUAUAUAGCCAUUGUGCUGGGGAAUCUCCUCAUUGUCUUCACUGUCAUGACCAGCAGAAGCCUUGGCUCCCCCAUGUACUUCUUCCUGAGCUACCUGUCUUUUGUGGAGAUCUGCUACGCCUCUACUACAACACCCAAGCUCAUCUUAGGUCUGCUGGCUGAAAGGAAAGCCAUAUCUCUCUGGGGCUGCAUGUUACAAGUUUUCUUUAUCCACUUAUUUGCUGGCACUGAGAUUUUCCUGCUCUCUGUGAUGGCCUAUGACCGCUACGUGGCUAUAUUCAAGCCCCUCACCUACACCACCAUCAUGAACUGGCAGGUGUGUUCCUUCCUGGUGGGAAUUGCAUGGGUGGCGGCCUUUGUGCAUUCCUUAUCCCAAAUCCUUCUCAUCUUCCGCUUGCCCUUCUGUGGCCCCAAUGUGAUUGACCACUAUUUCUGUGAUGUGUUUCCUCUGCUCAAUCUUGCUUGCUCUGACACCUUCCUCAUUGGUCUUCUGAUCAUUGCCAAUGGGGGGACUCUGUCUGUGAUCAGCUUCAUCGCCCUCUUAGCCUCCUAUGUGGCCAUUUUGCUCCAUGUGAGGACUCAAACCCCCGAGGGUCGGCGCAAGGCCCUGUCCACCUGUGGGUCCCACAUCACUGUGGUCACCUUAUUCUUUGCACCCUGCAUCUUCAUCUAUCUGAGACCUUCUACCACCUUGCCAGUGGACAAGAUGGUAGCUGUGUUCUAUACAGUGAUCACCCCAUUCCUCAACCCUGUCAUCUAUUCUCUGAGAAAUGCUGAAGUGAAGAAGGCCAUGAAGAGGCUGUGGAUCAGAGCAAUGAAAGUAGAAGAGAGAUAG